AUGGCACCCGUCUUCCACGUCAUCGUCAACCCGGCGGCUGGACAUGGACAGGCUGCAGAUUUCGUGCGAGCUAAAGUUGAGCCUUUGCUCAAGCACUGUCAAAUCGCGUACAAAAUUCAUCAAACAAGCGGGGUGAAAGAUGCUGGUCGAAUAGGUCAAGAGAUCCAGAACUCUAUACCUCUCGAAGAACCUCGAUUGGUCAUUGUGGCUGGGGGGGAUGGAACGGCUCAUGAGUUGAUCGAGGGGAUACUGGAUCAGUCUUCAGCUGGCGAUGAUCAGGGUAUAGGCACCUGGAGACUUGCUAUUCUGCCUUGUGGAACGGCGAACGCUCUCUUUCACUCUCUCUUUCCAGAUUCACAUCGCCAUGACUCUGUUGGAGAGCUGGGUCAGCAUUUGGCAACUCUCACGAACGAGGACGAACAUCAACUGUCAUCCCUUACCUCCGCCAUUGAGUCUCUCAAGGCGCCCCAGACGAAUGUCUUACCUCUCCCCAUCACGCUCACCACCAUCGCCUCCCAAAAGCGAAUACCAACCCACAUUGUCCUGUCAACAUCGCUUCACGCUUCAAUAUUACACGACAGCGAGGCUCUGCGCGAAACAAUGCCAGGCAUAGAGCGAUUCAAAGUCGCUGCCAGUCAGAACAUGUCAGUGGCGUUCAAAGCCGAUGCUGUACUCAGAGGAACCCGUGUUCGACAAUACUCGCCCAAAACAAAGUCGUUCAUCGAGCCAUUUACCAUUUCAGACGCAUCAAUAUCUGCUUCAUCCUCCUCUUCCUCGUCCUCUUCCAGUACGAAAGAAUGGGUCGUCCCCGGUCCUUUUAGUUACUUCCUCAGUACAACUACGGCUAAUCGCCUCGAACAAGCCUUCGUGGUUGCUCCGACAUUAUCCCUCUUGCCGCCUGGGUCUGAGGACGGCGGACCAUCCAUGGACAUUAUCAUCAUUCGACCAGGGAGAGAUCCAAGUGUCAUCGCAGCUCAAGAUCAGGGAGAAGAAGCCACAGGAAAAAUGCGAGCGAAGCGACUUGGCGAAAUCGCGGGUAACAUUUACAAGAACGGAAGUCAUGUCAAUCUGACCUUUGCGAGAGAUGAGUCUGGAUCGUUGGAGCAUGGGGGAGAAGGCGAGGUUGCAGUCGAAGUUUUCCGAGCGCAGGGAUUUGACUGGAUCCCGACGGACACGAGCCACCAGGCAUCACACUAUGUCUGCGCGGACGGUGACAUUCACGUCAUCCCUUCUGGCGAAAGAGCCAUAGUUGAGCUCAUGGACAGACACCCCGCGGGACAUGGCUUCUUCGUAUGGAAAUGA